CAGCUCUUGGACAUAUAGUUGUGCAGAGGGAAGGAAGAAGAGAAAUAAAAUGAAGAGAGCCACUGUGAUGAUGGAUGGGUUGGAGUUACUACUGUAUCCAGAAAUUCCAGCAUUUCGACCCGAAUGGAGAAUGGAAAAUAUCAGCACAACAUUCUUCAAAUGCACCAAAUGGCAGGUGGAAGAAACAACUGAUCCCAUCAAUUGUCCUUACCAUUACUUCUGUGACAGUACUUACCCAGGAAAUUACCCACCCAUUGUGGAUAUUGCAGUACUCAUCCUUACUGUAACUUCAUACCUCGCAACUCUCGUUAUUACCAUGUUGGAGAUCUCUGGGUGCAGGGGGAUUUGUUUCAGUCAGUCAACAAGGAGAUAUUGGCUGCCUUCUGGCCCAGUUAUCCUACCAUUCAUCCUCUUAGUGUUUGCAAAGGGCAACCGCAUCAACACCAUAUUUCCUCUAUCUUGCAUGGGCCCUUCAAUUCUCCAACUGGUUUGCAUUUCAGCCCUUGCUUUUGAGAAUGCAGCUGAUAGGAAUGUCAAGCAUGCCCUGUUUGAGGCAUCCAUGGUUUCUGGAAUCCUGCAUGCUAGUUUGUACCUGGAUUCCAUCAUCUUGCCUUUCUAUACAGGGUUGGAGGCUCUUGUGUCAUCAACACUUUCUGGGGAAUGUGUUUCUUGUGUGUGCCGAAAAGAGGUUUUACACGUGGGAGGGAGGCUGCUUUCUUACAGAGGAUGGUCAGUGACAACAUUUUCUGUCAUUGGUACUCUAUGUUCGAGGAUAGUCUGCAUAUUGUCAGGGGAAGACAGAGGAAGAAAUGCAUUGAUCAAGUCACUGUUGGAAAGUCUUGGUUGGAUCUUGAUUACCAUGGAUUCCCUUUACCUCAUGAUACAUUCCCCAGAAAGAUCACUGGAAAGUAGGACAGCUUUUGGGGGAGUAUUUGUAUUAAUUUGUCUUCAUAUCUUGAGAAAGGUCGGUACCCUGUGGUCUUUCCUAAUAGCAUCCUGGGCAUCAAAAGAAGGAUAUGUUUAAGACUUGCA